GGUGGAGCCGCUUUAUCGAGAGCCGAAGUGGAAAUUUCCCCCUCAGUUGCCGGAUCCGCUGCGGAGGAGACACUACCGAGCUGCCCGACCUUGUCGCCCCGUGCCGUGUCCUGUCCACUCGCCCGCCGCCAUGUCCAACUACAUCCACGUCCCGCCCGGUUCCCCAGAGGUGCCCAAGCUGGACAUCACCGUCAGCGAGGAGGGACCCGGUUACCGUCAGGGCGCCCUGCAGCUCUUGCGCCGCCUGCGGCCCCACUGGAGACCCGAGGAGGUGACGCUGCAGCUGUUCACCGAUGGAAUCACCAAUAAAUUAAUUGGCUGCUAUGUGGGUGACAUAACAGAUGAUGUUGUUCUAGUUCGGAUCUAUGGAAAUAAGACUGAGCUCUUAGUAGAUCGGGAUGAGGAAGUGAAGAGUUUCCGCGUGUUGCAGGCCCACGGCUGUGCACCUCAGCUGUACUGUACUUUCAACAAUGGCCUGUGCUAUGAGUUUAUGCAGGGAGAAGCACUGGAUCCAGAGCAUGUAUGCAAUCCAGACAUCUUCAGACUUAUUGCCAGACAGCUUGCUAAAAUCCAUACUAUUCAUGCACAUAAUGGAUGGAUCCCUAAAUCUAAUCUGUGGCUGAAGAUGGGUAAAUACUUCUCUCUCAUACCCACAGAAUUUGCAGAUGAGGAAGUAAAUAAAAGGUUUUUAAGUGACAUUCCAAGUCCUCAAGUUCUUCAGGAAGAGAUGGCCUGGAUGAAGGAAAGACUGUCAAAUUUAGGAUCACCGGUGGUACUCUGUCACAAUGACCUGUUGUGUAAGAAUAUUAUUUACAACAAGAAACGAGGUGAUGUACAGUUCAUAGACUAUGAGUACUCUGGAUACAACUACCUGGCUUAUGACAUUGGAAAUCACUUCAAUGAAUUUGCAGGAGUAAAUGAAGUAGACUACAGCCUUUAUCCUAACAGAAAAUUACAGGAACAAUGGCUGAGAUCUUACCUUGAGGCCUACAAAGACUAUAAAGGAUUUGGCACAGAAGUCAGUGAAAAAGAAGUUGAAGUUCUAUAUGUCCAAGUCAAUCAGUUUGCACUGGCUUCUCAUUUCUUUUGGGGGCUGUGGGCUCUAAUUCAAGCCAAAUAUUCUACCAUUGACUUUGAUUUUCUAGGGUAUGCAAUUGUUCGGUUUAACCAGUAUUUCAAAAUGAAGCUGGAGGUCAUGACAUUGACUCUUCCUGAGUAACAAUGGGAAGAAGUUUACAAAGUGGAUAGAUAACUCCUGAAUCUCUUCUGACAACAGAUACUGGAAAAAAAGCUAAACAUUUUUUGAAGUUCUGUAACGCUCACUUGGUGGUUCUUGCUUUAUAAGUAAUGCCUCUAAACAGUCCUUCGAUGUUAAAUUUGAUAUGAAAAGCAUACAUACAGUUGACAUAAAACAGAUUAGAAACUUGCUAAAUCUAUAAAAGUUGUAGAAAUGGCAAUUUAAUCCUUUUUUGUAAUUUAACAUAUGUUGUAUGUGAAUUAUUUAUUAUAAGUUUAACCUGAUUCCAUUGCUGCUUUCAUCAGUUUUUGUAAAAGUUGGGUGCAGACAGUGAAAUUGUUCCAAAGGAUUUGUUUAACAACUUAUUUUAUUGAAGUUGCAUUAACUUAUAUUAAAGAAAGCAUGAUCAGAGAAUAUUAACCUUUUAGAUGUCUACAAGCAAAAAGCGUGAUGAUAGACUUGUGAGAUCACCAGUGUGGUACACCUAGGGGAAAAAGGUUAGGAUGAUCUUUUACUUUCCCCCUCUUUUUUAAAAAAAGGUAGCUUUCCAUAUGGUGGUACUUUUCUUUUGUAUGAGAAUCAGACAGCUUACUGAAAUGAUAAAUAACAUCUUGACUUUUCCUUCUUGAUGUGUUAAGCUGUGGAAGUGUGAAAAUCCUGUGACCAUCAGAUAUCUUUGAGGAUAUGUACCAUCAUUAGAUGGACAAUGUACCAUCUCUUGACUUCUGUGGGAAAGCUGUGUGUUCAUUAAGUGUACUUUUAAAGCAAAAGACCACUAUUGCAAAUCUGUAUUCCUUUUUUGAAACUUGAUUCUAAAUUUGAACACUAUUUUGGUGUCUAUAUUUGAUGUGCUUCAGCACUAUCUAGUGGAGUCGACUAUCGAAGAUUGGUGAGCAGAGUUCCUGUUGCACUGCAGAGCAAGACUCUUAGGUUUACAGUUCAUGUAUUGUUCAACAUCUUUCUGCUUGGAUUCUAAUCUUAAAUGCUUGAUCCUGUAGUUGCAGAUUCUAGUAUGUCUCUCUUUCUGUGGCAGCAAAUUACUUUUCAAAGUCUCCAGUUUGAAGGAUGAUAUGGAAAAUUAUGACUUGAACAAUGGGGCUUUGAUCAUUACAUGCAUUUUCUUCUUAAAGCUAUUAUACCAAGAAUGUUCUGGAUUACAAAAUGUGAACUGAAAAGAAAAUGUUUACUUAAGAAAACAAUGUAUAAGUUUGCAUGGAAAAGAGGCUUUAAAUCUGAAAGAGGGUAGGGGAGUGGGAGGGGACGAAACCUGUGACAGAAGAAUAAAACCCAACAAGGCAGUUUUUGGGCAGGCAUGUACUCAUCUCUGAUCCUACUCUGAGAAACUUUGCACUUUGGUCACAUAAGUGCCCACAUGUACAAAGUCUGUGUGUGUGCAUAUACACGUGCAAACACAAACUUACCUGAAGAGUAAAUAUUAUGGGGAGUCUGUACAGACUCCAGCAAAGAUAUUUAUUCAAAAUUGCUUUACGGCACACUGCUGUGUGUGCAUAUGUGUGUGUGUGUAUACACACAUAUAUAUGUACACAUCUGUGCUUUACAAAAGCUUGGAUUGAUUUAAAAAAAAAACUGAUGUGAGUGAAAAAUUUUCACCUUGAAAGAGCAUUUUGAGUGACAUUCUAUUAUUUUACAAAAGCAAGGUUUGAGACUUUUUUUUUUUGCUUGUUUAUUAUUCAUCUCUGAAAGUUUAAAGUUUUUUUUAAAUUUCAUUACUUUCAGUCAGAUCUUACAAAUCCUAAUGGGAGAACUGGGAUUUUUGUGUUUGUUUUGUUUUUUUUUUUUAACUUGCAGUUAGGGAACAUUUUUCAUUAGAGUUUGUUAGCUGGAGGCUACUAUACUGGACAAAUUUUCUUGGUAGUUAAAUAGAAACAAAUAGCUCAAAUGGACAUAUCUUCCUUUGUAGCAGCUAUUAAGGAUGUUGCUAGAGCUCACGAAAGCACUGAAAACUUCAAUUGACUGUACUUUCUCCCUGUUGACAUUAAUGACAUGUGUUGAAUAAUACUGUCUUGGUAGUUCCUUUAAAUUCAUCAGCAUCUCCUUGGAAGUAAGAUUGGUUGAUAAUGGUUUUUGAACUCUUAUUACUGUGUUUUUCCAAGUGGUGACUUUAUUUCUGACAGUGUUGCUUUGUGUUUGUGAAAUACUUGAAAAAGACUGUGAAGUUCACUUUGGACUUGGGGAAAUCCCAACACUUGAGAGAUCCUAACUUUCCCAAUAGUUGGCAAAACACAUUCCCUUUUCAGGUACCAGUACUAUUAAAGUUUGGAGUCAGUGUCAUUUUUUUUUUUUCAGUAGUAGUUUUUGUUUGUAUAGCUCAAGUAGCAAUAACUGUAGGAUGGAAGCUUGCUUCUGCAGAACCAAAGCUCUUCGUGAGUGCAGCUCAAUUGUUCUUGUGGAGUGAAGUUCCACUGAAUCCCACAAAUGCACUUUGAAGCAGAUAGCAAAUACUGCAAGGUUUUCCUGAGCCACUUAGAAGAAGCACAAAGAUUAUCACAGGUUACAGUGGUUGACUUUGGAGUACCGGUAGAGGCUUUCAUUUUGCAUGUUGAAAUUCAUUUUACACACUUAAAUGCUGCUUUGAAUCAUCAUUCUUUCCAGACAAGUGCAGAUUAAGACAAUUCCUGAUAAGUUCUGAGGAAAUACUGUAAAAUAUUCUCCAAAAUGAAAUGCCAGUUACCUUGAGCGUUUUUCCACAUCCGUUUGAGCCAGUAGCACUUGGAUAUUUUCGCUUGCUAAGGAAUAUCUACAGUGCUAAGUUUGAAGCAGUAGUUUGCAAUAGCAUUGCAGAGUAUAAGAUAGCUUGAAGCUGUGAAUACAGGACAUUCUGAAUGUAAGUUAGGUACUAGAGCACCAAACUAGAGACCAUGUACUUGUUUAAUUUAUCUCAAUUUCUUUAAUAGCAACAUUAGGAAUUUUUGAAGGAGGACAAAAAAUGGCUGAGCUCUAGAAACAUCCUGUAGUAGUUUUGACCGCGACUUGCCAAGAAGAUACUCUGUUGCCUUUAUGUUAAGCUAAGGGCGUGAAUGCCAAAAUUAAUAAUUCUUGCUGUAGUUAAACCUAUAUUGUAAAUAUAAAGAGAGUUAUUAGUUAAUGGCAUUCUUGCAUCAAUAGCAUCAAGUCAAUAGACCAUAGUGGCCUGGUUGCUUUUGUAAAGCAGAAUAGUGUGAAUUUUUUUCUUCUCAUUUCUGCAGUCAGAUCUGGCUAAUCCAUGCCUAAUUUCUUAUGUCACCUACUCAUUAAAGAUUUCUGAAUGAUAGCUAUUCUUGAGUCACAUAAUUUUAAGGCCUUCAUUUACAUUUCUUGAUUUGCGUUUUAAAAAGACUUGGCAAUUUUGCAUUAACCAGGUCUGACUGUCUGUGUACAUAAAACAGUGUAAAUAACCAUUUGUAAAUUAGUGUGAAUUGUACUGUAUCUUGCAUUUAUGGACUUGUGUAUUACAUUGUAUUCUCUCCUAUUUUGUAGAAAUUUUGAUGUAAAGAAGAAAUCUAACUCUGUGUGUGGACUUCUUUUUGUUAAAUUGAUGUGUAAAGGAGCAUAAUAGUUUUAUGUUAAGGUAUCCAUUUAUAGCUUUGGCCAUCCAGUGUCUUUUUUUUCCCUGUUAGCUUUUUUUGACAUCUUGCUCUUGGGAAUGAUUCUGGGAAUAAAGGAAUUUAUACAGUACUAAGAUAAAGUCUAUUCUAAUAAUAGGGCAAAGUGUAUCAGAGGUACAUGCAGUACCUGCGAUAUGUAGAAAGCUGUUUAAAUUGUUUAUUUAAACUUACAGCCCGCUUACUUUCCUAUACAUUCUUGAAUGCUGGUGACUUCUAAACAUAAGGAUGUUGAAGUACUCUUAAAGCGUGUGCUCCCAGGUUGACAGCAAUCUGGUUGUGAUAGGAGUCCCCCAGCUUAAAUGGUUUUGGUGAAUAUAGCCUUAUAAUAGGAGAAUUAGUUGCUAACUUGUAAAUGCUUGUAAUGCCCAAGUCACUAAAAUAGUUCUACUAGUUGUUUUCUUCAAUGCCAGAACUGUUGGUAGCCUUUUUAGACUUUGAAACUUACAUGAAGUAUUUUCCCUGUGUGCCACUCCCUUCCUCUCCUCUCUGUGCUCACAACCCCACUUCAUUAGGAGAAACAGGAAUAUAAAAGCUGUCUUUCCAUGCUUGACCAUCACAGUUUUAUUUUUGAAUAAAACUGUGGUUUGUUUUGUCGGUAUGUGACUGCUCAUCAGAAUUUUAUUGUGUGGGAGGUCCCCUUCUAAGGAGGUCUUUUAAGUCUUGAAAGCAUAGGCAUAAUGAAGCAUAGUUUUCCCCAAAUGCCCGACUGUAUUUCAUGACUGUUGCCUUUCACUGUCUGUUUUGAAUGCCGUUGUGUCCUUCAAGCUUUAGUUCACUCUUGUCACUGCUGUGUUUAAUAACUGCUGGAAAAUACUGGUGUGUGAAUCUCUUUGUCCAUCUGGCAGAUUGGUACAGUUUGUACAUCCUGUCAGCUUUACCUGCACCACAUGAAAGGUACGUGUGCUUAUCAGUGUUGGCGCUUGAAGUUACUAGGGUCCUAGGAAGUGACUUUAUCAAAGAAGCGUUAGUCAAGAGGAGGGAUGGGCUCAGUAAGUAUAAGUGAAAGGAAAUCAUUCACACGGAAGCUCAAGCUUUUGAUAGAGUAAGGUAUUGGAUAUACUUCUUUACUUGCAUGGUUUAAGGACAAGAGCAAAUUGUAAAGGGUGAGGCUUACUUCUACGUGAAGUUCAGAUUUUUUUAAUGGGUUUGGUAGCUAAUAAAAACUUUAAAAAUACACUUUUGUUAUUCCUGCUGAAAGAAAUUCUAAAGUUAAUUUGAGUAACUUUGUAUUUAAGUAAAACCUUGUUCUAUAACCUAGUGGAGUAUACUUUCUUGCUUGGGCUAGUCCUUCCUGUAGUUUGUAGAGGAGAUUUGACCACAUCUUGCCUGUCUGUGCUUGAGGUGGCUGUCUUAAUCUUGAUUUUUUUUAAUGUCUUUGUAUUGUUUACUGAGUUCUUAAAUGCCUUUUGAGGUGUGCUAAGUUACUUAAACUACUGGAAUUAGCUGCUGUUUCCAUCUCUUUCACACCAGGCAGGUUGUAAUUACAGUAGUAGAACAGAAAACUUGAGAUAAUGCAAUCUUACAGCAGAGUUUCCUCCCCCUUUUUUAUUAAUGUGAGCUACAAGCUGAUUGUUUUCAUUAGUUGUGAAGGACAGGAAAAGCCAUGACCUCUGGUCUUGUGCAAGGUAGGUGUUCUGUUAGCCAACCACACAACUUUUAAGAAAAUAGGCUCUUGGCAGUGAGAAGCCACACGAAUCCAGAUGGGACGUGUUGGAAGAAACCAACCCUGGUGAUUUAUAGACCCCUGGAACAGGAAUUUGCAAUUGCAAAACAUUUGCAUAUGGCAGUUCUAUGGAUGUGCUGCAUCUAAGUGAUGUGGUGAGGCACUCCAAAAAGCAUUGUUUAGGUUUAAGUGACACUUUCAGUUGAUGAAAUUCUUGUCAUUAGGAAAUUGGUCAACCAGGAGGGAGGGAAGCAUUGUUCCAACAAAUUAUUAAAAAAAACCUCAGUGCAGUUGAUUAAUUUUUGACACCUGUUUGUUGGUCUUUUCUGUUAAUUUAAAAUAGGAUAUGUGGUAGUGUGUACCAGAUUCAUUAUAUUAAAGGGGUUUAUUGUGAAAUGUCAGAGAACUGACUGAAAUGGUCCUGAAGGCAAUUGUGACCUUAAAACAAGUGACCAGACUUACCAGACUUCUAGUUCAAGAGUUUCCAUCAGCCAUAUCAGUAGCCACCUACAGUUGUCGAGAUGCUGUCUCGGGCUCCCUGUCAGUGUGGAAUUUAAUUCACAGGCUUCUCAAAUGUGUUUAUGUAGAGAUAAAAGUAGUAUGAACAUUUAGAAACAAAACAAGUUACUUGAAAUCUAACAAGCCACAAAUAAAAGGAGAAAUAACAUCAGGUACUGCACCAAUCUAUUUUUGUUGCAUUGCAACUGCGUUUUUUCUAUGUUACCUGUUUUGGUUUUUUUUUUCCCCCCUACAUAGAGAUCUAUACAAAACGAGACUCUGGAAGAGAAACACAAAAAAAAAGAAUGCCAUAAAAUGCAGUGUGAACUGGAAAAAAAGAUCAAUUUCUGAGCUUUUGGUAGUAAUUUUUAAAUGUGUUCUCAAACAAAACCCCUAGGUGUCAAAGUUCAGUGUGUGAAAGAUUUGGGUUUCUUUUUUUUGUGGUUUUUAUUUUGUUGAAAUCUUCCUUUUAACAUAUUUUGUAUCUUGGAUCCAAUCUGUGGUAGUUAAUGCUGCUCUGUACACAAGUGCUUUGAAUAGUCUCAGCACCGAGAAUGUAUCCAAUCUUUCUUAAAUAUGGCUUAAAGUUAGAUCCAUUAGUUCUGUCUUAAGCCUCUUAAUCCAGCUAUUUAAAACCCUUUAAAUCCUUGGAGAAACAGGGCCAUAGCAUAUUAGGGAUAUAUUCUGUUUUGUCUUUUUUUUGUCACUACGUAUGUUUCAGUGUUUUAAACAUGAGUCCAUCUAUGUCCUGUGAAUAAGCUCAAAAAGCCUUUGCCAUCUUCCAGCACUGUCAUUCCCCAAAAAGUCCCCAUGACCCUUCUUGUAUGUUGUGGAGUUUAGAUGCAUCAUUUAUCCGUUGGAGUGAACUGUAUUUCUUUUGAACUAAAUGUUAUUAAAGCUAUUAUAAGGCCUUCUACCACUGGUUAAAUGAAGUAAUGUACCUUUCAAAGAGAUUUAUAUUGUGUAAAUAAUUUCAAACUGCAACAAUAAAGUUUUGUUUCUAACUGCA